AUGGCAAACAUCAAGUACGUAACGAAACGCUCUGGCGACGAACAGCAGCCCCAAGCAGCGCCAGUAGUACGCGACUUCGCCAUGCGCCCUAGCAGGACCUCUCAGCGCGCAGCAGCUUCUGAACCCGAACCUGAGCCCACACAUGUCCCUCAGAAGCCAGCGGCGUUCCCUUCGCUACCAGCCAACACUCCACCACCGCCGUUUGACCCGAAAUUCUCGGGUCAUGGUAUGAGAGAGCUGAUGGCGGCUAUCGAGACCGGCGACAAGACGCGCAUGGAACACAUCAAAGACCACUUCAAGAUUGAAUACGAGGCGGGUAAAGAUCCCUGGUAUGUGGCCUUGAGGCGUCGCUGGGACCCUAAGAUGGUCGAUUCCAAGGUCACAUUCGAAUCUCUAUGGACAUCACUACGCCAGACCAUCAUCGAGCAGAUAAAGGACGACUUCAUUCCCGGCACCUAUAUCAGUCGCUUCUACCCCGUAUGCUGCAUUCUGAGCCUCUCCAAGGCGAAGCUGGAUACGAUUAUGGCAGAGAACGCCGCAGUAUGGGAGACCGAGGCUGAGAUCCCACAAUACUUCAAAGACUACAGAAAACGAUACUCCAAUGCCAUCAUCGAUCCGGAUGAGCCUCCCCCCACCGAAGUAGUGAGGGCGAUCAGGUUCGACAAGCCGCAGAAAGGCAAGAAGCAUCUAAAAAGCGGCGGCAAGAGCGAUGCCAAAAGUGUGACAAGGAAGGCCAUACAUUGUUGGAACUCGACGAGAGAGGAGUAUAUAAAUGUCCCGCGCGCCGACAAGAAGUCCUGCAACACCAGACAGAAGUCGACACCCUCCGCGCACAAGGCAACGCUGAAUAUGCAGCGCUCGAUCAACGUGAGCAAGAAGACCACACAAUCAAAAGCCACACUUCCUAACCUACCUUAG